AUGAGUCAAGAUCCAAGCAUAAUUGAAAAACAUCAAGAGGAUUUAAAAAAUGAUGCCAAAAUUCGUGAAUUGUGGAUUAAGAAUGUUUGCGAUCACAAUAAACAACCAAACAUUAAAACUAAAGAAAUUUAUGACUUUAUUAUCGUGGGAGCUGGUACUGCGGGAUGCGUACUCGCUAGAGAAUUGAUUUAUUGCAUUCCAAAUAUUAAUAUUCUAGUAUUGGAAGCCGGAGGUCCUGAUGUUUCUUCUAACGGUCUAGUUAACUUGCCAUGUGCUUCCUUUAAGAUUUUCGAAGUAAGAGACCAUGAUUGGGGAUAUAUUACUCAGGAACAAAGAAUGUCAAGUUCUGUAAAUCCUACUAAAGAAUUGGUAAUUGAAGGAUUUCCUUACACACGAGGAAAGAUUUGGGGUGGAAAUAGUUCCUUGAAUACAAUGUAUAAUGAUUGGGCAGCUCAAGGUCCUGAAUACAAAAUUUGGGAUUGGGAUCAUUGUCUAGAAGCGUUUAAAGCAGUAGAAAAUAAUUCACGAGAAAAACCAGAUGAAACGUUCAAAAAAUUUCAUGGAUUUAAUGGUUUACUUCAUGUACAAGAUAGUCAAAACGGGAUUUACGAUGUUAUGUCAGGCUUAAUUGAUGCUGCAAAAAACCUUGGUAUUCCUCAUAACGAUGAUUUUAAUGGAGAGAGACAAAAUGUAGAUGGUUAUCUAAGAGAUGCAUUAAAGAAAGUUGAAUUACAUCCAGAUUCAAACUCUAAUGGUUUUGGAAAGGUUGUAGCAGUAGAUGUUAGGUCAUUUGCUCAUGCAUUAGAUAUUAUUUGGGACGAAGAGAAUAAAGAAGAAAAUAUUGCGAUAGGUGUAAGAUACUUUUGUAACGGUGUUAUACGUGAGGCCUUUAUUGCUCCAAAAGGAGAAGUUAUUUUAUGUGGUGGUGCUAUUAAUAGCCCUCAGAUCUUAAUGCUUUCUGGUAUUGGACCAAAAGAAAAUCUUAAAGCAAAUAAUAUAAAAGUUCGUAAAGAACUACCAGUUGGAAGAAAUCUAUUAGAUCAUCCGCUUUGUUGCAUUGUUGCUAAAUCGACUCCAAAUGCAAUCCACCAUUGGAGUAAUGGAGCUGAAGUUGGAAUAUUAUUUAAAGCCAAUGUUAAAGGAAAUAUUCCUUGCAAAGAGGACUUUUUUGACGAGAACCCAGAUUUUCAAAUUACUGAUGGUUUUUUUGAUCCUGCAAUAGAUCUUUUUAACAAGCAUGAUAAAUUCCAUGGGAUCGCUCUAGUGUCCGGUCUUAAUGUGCCUUCAAGUAUUGGUUAUUUAGAACUUAACAGCAGUAAUCCAUUUGAUCAACCAAGGAUAAAUUUAAAUUAUUUUGAAAAAUCCGAUGAUUUAUAUAGAAUGAUCAGUUCACUUAAAUUAUGUCGUGAAAUACUUAAACAACCUCCAUUAAGCACUGUUUAUAAUGUUAAGGAAAUUGGAAUUAAUGAUGAGUUUGGACAAUGGUGCACUAAUGAAGAUAUGAGUGAUGAAGAUUGGGAAAGGUUUAUUUUGAAAAAGGCACGUAUUUAA